UGAAUAUAUUGCGCCUCGCUUUCUUAUCCCACUUAUAAAAUCAUUUCUUUCCUGUAUUAUAGUGUUUUUUGUUGUUCCAAUAUUACUAUUAUUAUUAUUAAGUAAUUUUUCCCUCUCUACUAGUGUUAGUGUAUGUAUGGCUGGUUUGGACUUAACCUCACCUUCCCACUUCGCCUCUCCUCUCCUCCGCCCCAACCUCCACCUCCACCGCCCCCUCGAUUCCGACGAUGACUCCACCCCCAACAACCACUUCUCCCCCGACACCACCACCACCAACAACAAUUCCUCUGGGGAGGCGGUCGCGCGUCGCCAGCGCGGCCGCCCCGCGGGGUCGAAAAACAAGCCGAAGCCGCCCGUGAUAAUCACGCGCGAGAGCGCCAACACGCUCCGAGCCCACAUCCUGGAGGUGGCCUCUGGCUGCGACGUCUUCGAGGCCGUCGCCGCCUACUCCGCCCGGCGCCAGCGCGGGAUCUGCAUCCUCAGCGGCACCGGCACCGUCACCAACGUCAGCCUCCGCCAGCCCGCCGCCGCCGCCGGGACCACCGUCGCCACCCUCCACGGCUGCUUCGAGAUCUUAUCCCUCUCCGGCUCCUUCCUGCCGCCGCCGGCGCCCCCGGGAGCCACCAGCCUCACCAUAUACCUCGCCGGCGGGCAGGGCCAGGUGGUCGGCGGGAAUGUCGUCGGAGCGCUCAUCGCGUCCGGGCCGGUCAUCAUCAUCGCGGCGUCGUUCACCAACGUGGCGUACGAGCGGCUGCCGCUGGUGGACGAGGAGGAGGGGAUUCAGAUGCCGCCGGCGUCCACCCAGUUCCCUGAUCUGCCUUUCUUUAAUGGGCAGCAGCUCCCCAUUGACGGUGCAUGGGCCGGGAACUCCGCCGGCUGGCCGCAGCCGUAUUAGGGUUUAUAAGGUCAGAUGUCAUCAUCUAUGUACACAAAUUUGUUCUUCAUUUUCCCUUCAAUUAAUUUAGGUCUUGUUUUCUUCAUAAGUGAUUUCAGAACAAAAAAUUGAGUUGAGAAAUAAGUUUUGGGAUAUACACACUUUGAGACCAUAUUAAUUUUCUA